GCAGCGGCAAGCAGCAGCAGCAACAAGCAGCAGCAAGCAGCAGCAGAGAACUUUGACAUCGAGCACUGCACUCGUGGGUUCUGCUUCAACGAAGGCGGCUGAAUACGGUGUUGCCAUCGAGGUGUUCCCACUGCUGCAAGGAGAUCGGUCCUGAGCGGAAAUGUGCGUCUUCAAGCUCCUGCUGGCAGUCUGCAUCGUUGGUGCCAUCUCUGACCUCUCAGUGCUGGGCAGACAGGAUGGCAGAUGCCAAUGCGUCAAUACAAGCAGGGCCAGGAUUCCCAUCAAGAGGAUGGCAAAGAUGGACGUGUUUAGGAAGUCCCACAGCUGUAACCAUUACGAAAUCAUCGUGACGACGAGAUCCGGGAUCACCGUGUGCCUGGACCCCACUGCCACGUGGGUGGUGGAACUCGUCAGCUGCACAUUGCCGCGCAACAACAGAAAACCCGGGCGGCAGCAGCUGAAGACGUGCACGCGGGCCCUGAAGAAGAAGCGGCAGCAACGGAGAGCGGAGAGGCUUCAGCGUGGAAACAAACGACGGACAUAGGAGCCUGUCGAGGGGGAGCGGCAAGCGGCCGCUACCGCCGUCCCUGUUCGAUGGCUGCAGAUGCUGGGCGCCCGUGGGUGAACGAGCACCGCCGGCCGGAGCUGCAGCGGCGCACGUGCUCGCGGCCACGCGGCCGGUCCCGCGUUGGUGGCUGACGUGGCCCCGGCCCGGCCAAGCCUCGUGCACGCGCCGCAGCUCGUCCGCAUUUGCAGAGUCUUUUUUUAAGGUCAAAUAGCUACAGCUGUGACGGUUAUGACACAGCAGAGGAUCUAUUCUAGAACACCUGAAAACGUGUUGCUAACACCACUCCACUGAUAAUUAUAUUUUAUUGUAUCAGUCGUUAAGCGUUUUUUUUUUACCUUGAAAACUUCCACGAAUCUCGAGACACCCUUUUCAGGAGGGUUCUGCCAAAGCUCCCGUGGUACAGCGGGAAGAUGUCUCGGUAAAUGCGCCGGCGUGGAGACGGCCGCGUUCAGGCAAACGCAGUGUCAGUCUCGGUCACCGUGUGACGGGCAGCCUCCGUGCAUUGUCGUAGGCAACUGCGGUGUCUGUCAUUGGUAUCCUGUGGGUCCCAUUGGAGUCGUGAGGGUUCAAUGGGAUUACUGUGGGACCCAUGCGAUUCCUGUAGGUCUCAUAGUUUAUUAUGGGUUCCAUAGAUUAUUGUGCCUGAUUGUGGCACCUUUAGAAUGCCUGCACAUGCCAGUUGAUACGCAUGUGCUUCCCCUGGGCUCUGUAAAGCUAAAGGAAACACGUCUGUGAAUUUGACAUCGCAUCUCAUUGGUUGCACCAGCCUCGUGCAUGCGUAAUCUCUCCACAGCGCCCAUUAACUGUGUUUUGCGAGUAACCACUCCUGGGGAUAUUCCCCGCUCGUUGCCUGUCCAUGAACAUUUUGUGUGAACUGUAUUUGUAUCAUGACAACUGGAUUGUUAUAUUUAAUAAUAACGGACUGCUGAAUCUGCCCCUGGGUAGUUGUAAAUAGACUAUUUGGCGAACAGAGAAUUGUAUUCAUGACGCUGAUGUGCGGGAAGGAAUUCGUUUUGUCCAAUGUGUGUGUGUGCUAUCUGUUGGCGUUAUCCGCGUAUCUCUCUGUUACCUGUCUGGCUGGCUGAUCUCUCUAUUUCCGUAUGCGCGUUUGCCAGUCUGUCUUUAUCACUCUGCUUGUUAAACUCAUUGUUUAUACCGAAACCAUUUUAAUAAAAAUAAAAUAUUAAGUCUUGCCAAAAUAUUCACGUU